AGGAAGUAUACCAGUAGUGCUCUAUUUAUUUAGAUAUUCAUUAAGCUAGCUCUUUCAAAAUGAAAAUACAAUCAACUACGUAUUUUCGAGUAAUUAAGUACCAAAUCCAUUUCAUCAUAGCACCAAUGUUCCCUGGAAUUGGGGCAGUAGAUUAAUCAACAAUUAAAUGCUCGUUAAUCAUCAAAGAAAAGUUUUUCUGUGAUGUAACUCGUCAACUACGUUUAUGAGUACAAUGUCAGGUGAUAUAACAUGCAUUUAUCCUACUUGUUGCUGAACAGUAAAGGGUAGUUGGCAUGCGCUUGAAAUGAAUAUCGACCAAGUAGACGAUACUAAAGGGGCUGCGUAUGCUCCCUUCAGUAUCAUACCGCAUUUUGUAUGCGAUCUGAAUGGAGACUCAAUUUAUUGUCAAGUUUGGACUGUUUUUAAAAUAUAGUAUCCAUCAUUUUUAGAGUAGAUAACAUCAAGGACAUCAUUGCAAAGUGAAAUAAACAUCUGUAACACAAUUAGUGAUUUUUCAUCAAGUUUUGGAUAAAAGCCGAUGAACACCAUGUCUUUUUUAUUUCAUUCAUCAAAGUUCUUCUUUUUUUUGAUGUUGAUGAUACCAAUACUGCUAAUGACAUCAACCGCAAUCGCUACCGGUCUUAAUCAAGAAUCAACUUCCCUUCGAAAUGCUUUGAAUAUGCUCACCACCAAACAAAGAUCCGCUCUGAUGCAAUUACCUAGCCUACGUAAUUACUAUAACAUGCAUAAACGAACACCUAAUUAUAAUACUGAACAUGAUUUGAAUCAUCAUGAUAAUUUUGAUAUUGCAAUACCAAUUCAUGCAGAAUAUGAUGACUACGAAGAAAAUAUAAAUAACGGUGGAAAAUACUAUAAUGAAAAAUUACCAUAUGCUCCUGAUGAAAUUAAUUUGGAGCACAUCAUCAAUGAUAAUUACAUUAACCUGAAUGAGGAACCAAUCCAGGCUGAUUUUGGUAUUUUAAAUAAAAAGAAAAAAGACGUCAACUGGUCGCAAUACUUUGGUAUUGACAAGAGAAAGAAAAAGACUGAGUUCUAUGGAAAGCCUGAUACUCAAAAUGAAGAUGAUGAUUGGUUUAUCAAGCAUUAUUAUGAAACCCUGGUGCAAAAUCUGCAGAAGAAAAAUCGUGAAAUGAACAUGUCAGUUCGAAAUUUACAAAAUAAAAAUAAAGAGAAAGAAAUGAAACGUACCAAUAAUAUGAGUGAGAUGCACUAUGAACCAUCAGUACAAUAUCGUGAGAAUUUCAAGAAUCUCUUAAUAGAUGAUCAGCAGUUUCUGAAGAAUGCUGGAUUAGAGAAUAUUGAGAGCGAGGAAGAGCUGCAAAAAAUAAAGGAUAUUAUAUUGAAUGGAAUUGCUGCGUCUUAUUCUUUACAAAAAAUGCAAGAAGCAUUUAAAGAGCUUAAAAAUGAUAUUAGAAUCCAAAAAUUACCGUCCUCUAUGGCAAUAUCAACGAAAGAGCGAUAAAUUGCAUGCAUAUCAUUAACCCAUAUAUGCCUGAAUAAUUUAUUAUAACGAUUUUUGUGAAUUUAUGUCAACGAGAAUUAAAUUAUGGGGGUGAAGCAAGUAAAAAAUCUAUAUUUAAGAAAUAUUUUAUUGUAAAAUGAAUGUUCAAAUGGGAUAUUAAAGAAUAUAUUGGAUUAUUUAAGAAUCUUAAUUACAUUUAAAUAAUUUAUGAGAUAAAUUAAGUGAAAAAGUAUUCAAUAAAUAAAAAAGUAGAAACUGUAAAAAUAUUAAUAUAUUCUUACAAGACUUAUAAUUUUAAUAAUAAGAUUUGAAAUGCAUAGAUGGGUUACAAAUUGACGCUUU